AUGUCGUUAUGAGCAAGGUCAACUAUACUCUUAAUGAGUUAUUGAAUGCUCUAGUUGCGGCAGAGGGAGUCAUGGGCUCGCGUAAAGGGAAAGAGGUCCUUGUUGCUGCCAAGGGAUCUACUUCUUCGUCGAAAGGCGGGAAAAAGAAGUGGAAAGGUCCAAAGGGCAAGCAUGACAAUGAAGCUAGUGGGAGCGGUAAAGCCAAAGCAGAUGGCCCUACUGGCGGUGUGAAGAAGCCGACCGAAAAGGGGAAGUGCUUCAAGUGUGGCAAGGUUGGGCAUUGGAAGAAAGAUUGUCCAGUGCUCAAGGCAAAGGGACAAGGGCUUCAAGCCAACAAGGGAACUGGCAAGUGAUGAGAUCACCAUCUCCAUGGGCAAUGCGUCGAAGGUCGCAGCUGUUGCUAUUGGAGAUUUAUCUUUAUGUUUUGGUGAUGACAUUUUAGUUUUGAGAGACAUUUUAUAUGUGCCGGAGUUUCGGCGGAACAUAAUUUCUGUUUCAAAAUUGUUUUUGAAUGGAUAUUCUGUUGUUUUUGAUAGAGGUGUUUCUAUCAUGAGAGAUAACAAGACUAUUUGUUCUGGAAUUUUGAACAAUUCUCUCUAUACUAUUACAUGUCCAAUUAACAACUCUGUCCAUGUUGCAUCUACAUCACAAAUCCUUCCAAAUCCGAAUAAGAGGAAGUAUUAUUCUCAUGAACAAUAUACACAUGCAUGGCACCUAAGGUUAGGCCACAUCAAUCUAAAUAGGAUCCAAAGGCUCGUUUCAAAUGGAGUCUUGAAAGACUUUCAAGCUGUUCCAUUUAGAACCUGCGAAUCCUGUAUAGAGGGAAAGAUGACGGCAAGGCCU